GGGGGUGAGUCGAGAAGCGACGCGUGUGAAAAUUCCAGGGCCUACCAGAGAUACGUCCCAAGAAGGACCAGGAUUCCCAGAUGAACAAUGUCAGAAAGUCCGUCCCGGAACGGAAAACAGGCAGCGGUUUCUGACGGACUAAUAUCACAGUUACUACUUCCAGCAGACUGAUACGAUAGCUAGUUCCAGAUGCGCUCUCCCAUAUAUCGUUCAAUGUUGUGCGUUCAUGCAACAAAUACCACAACACAACGUGAUGACGUUUUAUAAUUCUCCCUACCAUCUUGAGAUUGUAACUGGAUGCCACUUACUGCCUGACAAGUAUUAUUAAAGAGAAGUUUGAUGAAGAUAUACCUCUUCCGUGCCUGAUUCUCUUACCGGAAUCACUGUCCAUAAUUGUCCGCCUACAGAACUGUAAAUUCACAAAGGUUGCCAGAGGUGCUACUCUGCAAUAAACAAUUCUAAGAAAGCAUACUGCAGAGUGGGUUCCCUACAAUCAGCCUUGGGGAUCUUGGUUGGCCUUUCCAAUGAAGCUGACCUAAAACGAAAUACUCCAGAAAGUGAAUUCAGAAAGUACAGAGCACUUGACGGACUAUAUUGAAGAAACUAUGAAUAUAGACUUCCCAACGAUGAAUUCGAGGCAAGAUUCAGAUGAAGAAGAGCAGCAAGCACAAAAACAAGAACCCGAGGAAGAAGAAGAUCAGCAGGAACCGGCUACAGAAUCUGAGGAAAGAGAAGAGGAAGUAGAAGAAGGACAAUCGAAAGUAGGGGAAGAUCAUGCUGUGGCAGAAAGAGGGAUUGAAGUGCCGCAGUAGAGCAGGAAAGUAUAGAAAGUGAGACGGAAGUACAUGUCACAGAGGAACAGGACCAAGAAGGUGAAGAAGGAGAAAGACAAGAAGAAAGUGAUCGUCCUGCUGAAACAGAUUCAGAAGCAAAUGAAGGAAAAGAAACAGGCCAACAAGCGCAGUCGUUCGAGGAAGAGUUGUGGCACAUGGAGAAAGAAUGGAAGCUCAAGGAGGUAUUAGUGUGGAUGAUGAUGUUACUAACAUAUUUGGGACAGGUAUUGCCUCCCAUACAGGGCCUAACGGAGAGGAGAUCCAGGAAGGCCCAGACUCCCCAGGCGAGGGACCAUCACGACGACCAUGGUAUGAUGAAUUUCGUACAAUUGACAUCUCAGACCUUCAAUAUUAUUCCCCCGAAUGAGCAGAGACUAGAUAACAUAGCACAAGAAAUCAGAAAGAAGCGAACGCCUGGAUCAUUAAACAAAGGUGAACCCAAAAAUCAAAGAAUCUGGAUAAGCAAUUUGGCUAAGCAGAACAAACCUGCCUAAAAUAACCUGCCUAAAAAGACACCUGACAAAAUAAUCACCAAAGACUGAAAAAGCCAAUAAAUUUAGAAAAUGAUAUGGAACCCAUAUAGUCAGCAGGAACAGAGGAACUAUUAGAACACGCAAAUCAAAAUGACUGGUAUAAAUGGGCCAGAUAUACAGCUAAGCAAGCAAAAAUGACAAACUGUGUAAUGUGCUCACCCUCUCCAUUGAAAAAGUUGAUUGUAGUCCCGAAUCAGUAUGAUUAUAAGCAUUGCGCUGAGUAUUAUGCCAAAAAUUGUGGUAACACAGGAAGAACAGUGUUCUGCCCUGCAGAAUGUUUGGCAUUUUUGGGUCAUCCGGAAUAUGAUAAAUAUUAUAAGAUGAUAGGGUGGGGAGAUGAAUGUAGAAAAUUAGACAUACGUGUGGAAAAUGAGAAAAAAGAAAGCCCAUUAUCAUAUACAAUAAAUCGUCAACUGGAGUAUGAAUGCUUCAAUAAAACUAGAAGAGAAACUAAUGUAGGACAAUUUAAGGGUAAUUGCGCAGUAAUAUGGCAUUUAGAUGAGGAAAUGUUUUCUAACAAUAAUGUGAUUAGGUUUAGUGGACCGCAAUAUGCAACAGUGACAUUAGGACAGAACUUCACUGCAAACAUAACUCCAGGAUGUCUAGGCGUAGUUGUUGGUCAUUGCCUUACAGGAUGUGAAAAUCAAACUUUAGUAUCUCCUGCGAGAAAAAUCCAUGCGGAACAAACAGAAACUAUAGCAGACUAUUUUUGGUUAUGUGGGGGAGAUCAAUUGAAAACCACACUACCUAAAGGCUGGAAAGGACUGUGCACUAGAGUAAGGCUAAUACAAGAAGUAACUAUGGUAGAAUGGGACCCCUCUGAAAUCCAAACUGCACCAAAACCUUUAGUCCACAACAAAGCUAGGGUGAAAAGAGCGUACGCCCCAGAUCCUGGUGUUUACAUGGAUGCAAUUGUCCAACCGAGAGGAAUACCUCAACAGUUUAAAGCUAGGAAUGAAAUAAAAUCAGGUUUUGAGUCAAUAUUCGUAUGGGUAACACCCAACAAAAAUUUAGAGUGGAUUAAUUAUAUUUACUAUAACCAACAGAGAUUUAUAAACUAUACUGACGAGGCACUGGAGGCGUUAGGACACCAACUAUCAGCAACUAGUAAAAUGGCAUGGCAAAAUCGUCAAGCACUAAAUUGGUUAUUGGCAGAUAAAGGAGGAGUAUGUGUUAUGUUCGGAGCAGAUUGCUGUACAUACAUACCAAAUAAUACAUCCCCAGAAGGAGCUUUUACCCAGGCAAUGAAGAAACUGCAUGACCUGAGAAAGGAAGUUAAAUCUAAUGCAGGGAGAGAUCAGCUGUUUGGGCAAUGGUUUGAUGACCUUUUUGGGUCAUGGAAGAUUGGGUUAAUGAAAAUAGGUAUAAUAAUAGUUAUAGGACUGACCCUAUUUGCAUUAUUGUUUUGUUGUAUUAUACCCAUUCUGAGAUCAAUAAUGACUAGAACAGUGGCUAAGCAAAUGGUAACUGUUUCAAUGAUACCACCGGAAACAGGGCUAGAAACUAGGUACUGUACCAUUGGGCCAGGAUUGGAUGAACUUGAUGAGAUUUACUGAGAAGCAAUCAAGAAAAUAACAAUGUAAGGGGAAUUUUAUUUUUGAACACUUUUCUCAUGUUUUUGAUAGUAAGGGAGACAGCAAGACUAUUGUACUUUCAUUUUACAUAACAGAAUAGAUAGCAUCUCAAGAAAGGAGUUAGAGGGUGUUUUGUUUGUUAUUUUUGACAUAUUCCCCAAUUACUCUCAAUGUAACCAAUAACUUCUUACUUAUAAUGAUUGAUGAAGUAUAUCUUUUAGUACAAUGUACCUAUCAAGUAGAAGUAGUAUUGCUGAUGAUUAUGUUUAAGAAAAAUAUACAUGUAAAGUAAUUGCCAAGAGAAGACAUGUGAGGGAGAUAUUUGAAGAAAGGAGCAACGAGCACCUCAGUGCUUGGCUGCAAGAGCAAAUAGACUCAACUGGUGGUUUAAAAACCCGCUGUCUGCUCCAACGCACCACCAGAUAGCGCUCCAGGCUACCGGAAUUGUCUGUGAGUUCCUCUGGCAACGAAGGAUGAAUAUUACUAUGUUACUUUUACUAGUGUUUUGUUAAGCAUAUAUAUAUAUAUAUAUAUAUAUAUAUAUAUAUAUAUAUAUAUAUAUAUAUAUAUAUAUAUAUAUAUAUAUCUUCUACUAAUGGAUAAUCAAUUGUAUUUUACAUCACGCAAGGCUUCACAUUUGCAUGCACAUGCUUAUUAAAAAUGAGUUGAUUUUUGUCACCCACCCCCAGGAACAGUGCUAGCUAGAGGACUGGGAUCUUUUACUCCUUCCUAGCCAAGUGUGGAUGGAGAGGUUUGGUCCCAAGUUCUGCAGAGUGCAGCCCCAUAAAGAUGGCAUUGAAUAGUGGACUGAGUAACCUACUUUGGCUACAUGAUGGAAUGGGACAGGCUGGCUUGUGUGACUGCACUCUGGUUUGAGGGAAAUAGAGUGUGAGACUUUUUUAAGUCUCAGAGGUGGGAAUAUAUAGUAUAUUUUUCAAUAUUCUAGUAUGUUUCUUAUAUAUCAAAAUACUUAUAUGAGUUUCCUGGCCUUUGUGUGACCCAGGAGAGAGCAUAUGAGGUUACUAAAAGUGUUGUUGCUGCAGAGGCCACAAAGAGCACCCAGCUGUAACAAAGUAAUGAGACUAAGGACCUUGAAGAUAGACUAAAGCCAAGUUUCUACCAGUAAAAAGAUAUCAAAAGGCUCUGUGAGAUAAUGCUGGCAAAUAGUAUCCAUUGGUUACAAAAAUAACAAAGGAGCACAGAAAUGAGGUAAUGCCAGAUAACAAACUGUAUAGAAGAGGAGGUUUUGGACUAAGACAGUCAGAACGGACAGCUGGCCGGUCUCAUGUUUGUUGGUGUUCAAUAAACUACAACU